AUGGAUAGCUCACAAAAACUUCCGUCAUAUAACAGUGCGACUGCAGCUGCCACACCAAGCAUAGGAACGGAGAGAUUACUUAGAUAUCUUCCUAAAAAACAGUCAGAGGUUCGACAAGUUGCCAUAGAUAUUCCAGAAACUGGUAACAGCCAAUUGAUGAACCAAGAUGUUCUUAAAGCUGGCUUGACUGCUCUAGAAAGAGCAAAAAGUUUGCGAAUGAGAGGGACACUGAAUGAAGAGGAACGGGUGACAUUGUCAAGUGCUAUAAAGCCAUUUCCACAAAGAUCCCAGCCAAUUAUGAAGAGAGCCAGAAGGGAACUACAGAGUGUUCUAGCUGAGAGACAGGGAUGGAGGAUCUUCUGGAUGAUUAUUUUAAAUGCUCUUUGUUCUUUUGGACUCUUUGUUUACAGUGGAUCAACAAAUAGUUUAGCUCUCACAUCAUUUAGCUACCUGACAAUAUUUGAUUUACUAAGUCUUUUAACAUGCCUUUUAUCACUUUGGGUGUCACUUCAGAAACCAUCCACAACUUUUUCAUUUGGUUAUGAGAGAUUUGAAGUGUUGGCGGUAUUUACUACCACAGUGCUUGUGAUGUUUGGAGCUCUAUUUAUUGUUAAAGAAAGCACUGAAAGGUUGUUAAUGCCUCCAGAAGUUAUGACAGAUAAUCUUCUUCCUGUCACGUCAGUUGGGUUGUUCUUACACUUACUUGUGACUUAUGGUGUCACUAAUAAGCCCUUCAGUCUAGUGUCUAAAGCUGCUUCAUCAAAUUGGUUGCAGGAUGCAGUGAAUGAUUUUGGUCACAGCAUUUGUGGGUUUGCACCAUUCUUGGGCAAAGUUCUUGUGCAGCGAUUCAACCCUAUAGCUCUGCUAGGUGUGGCAGGAGCAGCGUUAGUUUUAACAACUGAUUUUUUAAUCAACUACAAUCAAUCCUUCAUUGCUGACAGCUUUUGUGCGAUAGUAACAGCAUUUAUGAUGUGGGCAACCAUGUUACCACUCAGCAUAUACAGUGGACAGAUUCUUCUACAGACUUGCCCCAUUGAUAUCAUGAAUCAGAUAGACAAGUGUCUGCGUGAGGCAUCUACCCUAGAUGGUGUGUUGGAAUUUAGAAAUGAGCACUUCUGGACAGUUUCAUUUGGAAGAAUGGCUGGUUCCUUGCAUGUCAGAGUAAGAAGAGAUGCUAGUGAACAGAUGGUGCUAGCUCAUGUAACAAACAAGUUAUCUAGUCAUGUAACACACUUAACAAUUCAAGUAUUCAAAGAUGAUUGGAUACGACCGUCAAGUACUACAAAGGUCAACAUUCCAAGUCUACCAUCUGUGGCUGGUUCUCCUAGCAGCUCUCUGCUAACAAGGCCCUACAGCAGUCCACAGUUGUACAAGACUAACUCCCCACCAGUCACAAGAGGACUGGAUAGACCCAAAACAGACAACAGGACAGCUACAAACAAAGCUUCAACUCCUUUCAUGACCAUCUCUCCACACAAGACAUCAUGAUGGUUACCAAACCUUCAAUCUCAAUAUCUGGAACCAAAUUCUCCCAACUGUUAACAUUUUAUUCCUCCAUCACUCCAUCCUGAGAAUCUGUUGUGCAUCAAUAACAAAGCAACAUCCCAGAGUUAAAAAUUUCCUAUAUUAUCUUUGUCUUUCUAACUGAAAUUUGAUCAAAUUGUAAGGAGAAUUUAGGUAUUGAGCACUAGUGAGAGUUAAAUGUAAGGAUCUAAUUAAAUGAAGUGUCAGUAGCCUUAUUUAUUUUUUGACAUCAUUAGUCUGUCAUUAUAACUGAAAGCAGUUGAGGCUAAAAAUGCAAAUAAACUCUAUGUUUUCUCUA